GUUGCAAGGAAGAGCGUGAGGAGCGUGAGCGUGUCGGUAUUAAAUGCGUGAACUGCAGUGCCGAAGGACAUCGUGCUCGCGAUUGCCCUGAGCCACGUCGCAAUGUCUUCGCUUGUCGUAAUUGCGGAUCUACUGAGCACAAAGCGGCAGACUGUCCCAAUCCUCGCUCAGCGGAGGGUGUCGAAUGCAAGCGUUGCAAUGAGAUGGGCCAUUUUGCGAAGGACUGCCCGCAGGCUCCCGCUCCCAGGACCUGCCGCAACUGCGGAUCCGAGGAUCACAUUGCCCGCGACUGUGACAAACCCCGUGACGUCUCCACCGUUACUUGCCGUAACUGCGACGAAGUCGGACACUUCAGCCGCGACUGCCCUAAGAAGAGAGACUAUUCCCGGGUCAAAUGCAACAACUGUGGCGAGAUGGGCCAUACCGUCAAACGUUGCCCUACCGCCCCCGCCGAAGGCGAAGCUCCGCAGGACGGCGGCUGGAACGAUACCGGUUACAACGAGCCCGCGAACAACGAGCCCGCGAAUGACGGUUGGAACGCUGGAGGCGAUACCCAGGGCAAAUCUGCUCCAACUGAAGAAGACGGCGAAUGGAAUGCCGAGGCAGCUUGGUAACAGGAUGAACGAUAAUGUCGGUCGGAGCACGGUGCAAAAAUGUUGGAAUGUUCGUUUGAGACGAUACCUGACACCUUGUGUGUGUGCAUUGAUCGGCUAUAGAUUUUUCAUCCCGUUCGACGGCUCGUUGGUCUUUGAUAGCUGGUAUGGAUUUUGUUGAGGCUCUGGCUUUGCGUACUUCAUGGGACCGGCCGGACCGGGGAUUUCCUACAUCUUGCAGAACUCGCACGCAGGACGGAACCAUCUCUUCUUCUUAACCCCUUCUAGAAAUCAGAAAAGAGAAGUAUCUGUCAUGCCGUUUGUCUAGCAAGUUGUCCGUGAAAAAGUGGUUACUUAGUUCUUGUUUCGAGUGUGGUGGCACAGUUGAAAACUAUCA